CUGUUUUUUAAUCAGUAAUCCAAAAUUCGUACUUGAUGGCGGGGAAGCGAGUCAGAAUUGGUCGGAAAUUUCAACCGAAGAAGUGUGCAAAGAGAUGCAAGGGUGAUAAUAAUGAUCGAAUAAGUGAGUUGCCGGACGAUAUUCUUGUCACUAUACUACAUCUGCUACCUAUGAAGGCAGCUGCACGUACAAGUAUUCUUUCAUCACGCUGGAUAAACUUGUGGAAAAAUAUCUCGUCCCUCGAUUUUGACGCAGAAAUUGCGUUGGUCAAGAUUGCAGAUGACCCCAAGUUAAGCAAUGAAGAGAGCCUCAAGUAUGUAAGAUGGGUGAAUUGCGUCCUCCAAUCACAUAAAGCGUCCCCAUUGAAAGAAUUCAGAGUGUGUUUCGAUUUAGGCCGAACGUUCAAGUAUGCAAUCACUCAGUGGCUUGAAUUUGCGUUUGCGAGAAAUGUUGAGAGGUUGGAGUUGGAUUUUUCACCCAGAACUUGUAGAGUAGGCACAGUGGAUGAUACAUGUUACGUUUUCCCGAACAAGUUCCUUAAACGCCCUUCACAAAGUUCUUCGGUUAACUUUAGGUCCCUCAAAGAGUUGUCUUUGAAAUCUGUUAUUGUGACUCGUGAAGCUGUUGAGUUCUUUCUACACAACUGCCCUUUGCUCGAAAAAUUGGUUGUUAGUUACACAUGUCAGCUAUCAAAUCUUGAAGUUUGUGGUUCAUCCCUUGCCUUAAAACACUUGGAGUUAAAACACUGCUACGGUUUGAAAUCAGUUAAGGUUUCUGCUCCAAAUCUUACUUCACUUUCUAUUCCUAAAGUGGAAGGACUCUUGCUUGAGAAUUUUCCAUCACUUGUUAAGGUAUCUGUUACCUGUAUUAUUGAUCGAUAUUCUGUCAAGAAUUUACUUCCAACACUUUCUUGCUGCAUUUUCCAAUUGGAGACUCUUAUCUUGACCCUGGAUGACGACGGAGAGGAUAUUUUUCUACCGACGUUUCCUCAACUUCCUAAACUGAAGAAGUUGGUCAUAUACUAUUGGGUAGACGGUGAGCAAAGUCUUAUGGGACUAACCUCUUUGAUAAGGGCAUCUCCCAACUUGCAGGAAUUUGUUUUAAGGUUAACGGUGUGGGAUUAUUUGAGGUCAGAUGAAGAAGUGAAGAAUUCUAUAAAGUUUCCCCACGAGCACCUUAAAGUGGUCAUGUUUUGUGGCUAUUGCGGUCGCUCCAGUGAUGCUGAAUUAGUCGGAUACAUUUUAGAUAAUUGUGUGGCGCUUGAGAAAUUAGUUAUUGAUCCACGUUAUCCAUUCUUUUUGCGUGGAACACCAUCGGACACCGAAUUAGUUGAGGAACAAACUUCAAGGGAUUACGCUAAGCAACAACUUGAAGCACAAGUACCUCAGCACAUCGAAUUUGUCAUUCAUUAACUUAAUUCUGUAGGCGUUAUUGAUACUUUUGGACUCGUCAUUACUGAUAUUUUUCAUUGCAAAAUUAGCACUAAUUUCCAAUGCGGUGAUCUAGUUUGCAUUGCAAUUUUAGAUUAUUUAGCAGUAUUGUAGUCUAUUUGACAUAGAGAUUUCCACUCUUCAAUUCAGAAAGAUAUAUUACAACCAUGAAAUGUAUUGAACAAUAUACAUUAUAUGGUGAUAGUGAAAAUUAAGACCUGUUUUACAGGCUA